UGCCAAGUGGACUUGCAGAAGCCCUCACAAACUCAGGUCUAACAACAACCAUGAAGGUCCUUGUUGUGCUCGUCCUAGCCGUUUUCACCGGCUGUAAUGCCAACCUCUUCUAUGCUGAUGCACCCAAGCCACAGCUGGAACAGCUGACUGAUGCCUUCUGGGACUAUGUUGGCAAGGCCACCCAGACCGCUGAUGACACCCUCCAGAUGGUCAGAAAGUCUCAGUUCGGACAGGAUGUCAAUGCCCGUCUUACAGAGAGCAUGGACCUGGCCAACAGGUACGCAGCGUCCCUGCAGGAGAACCUUCCCCCACAGGCUCAGGAUAUGAUCACCAAAGUCUCUGCAGAGGCUGAUGUGCUGAGAGAGCGUCUGACCCAAGAAAUGAGCACCGUCAGAGAGAGGAUGACGCCCUACAUUGACGAAAUGAGGACCGCAAUCAACGACAAUGUAGAGAAGCUCAAACAGGAGCUGGCUCCCUACACAGACUCCCUGGACACCGAGACCCUGAGGACCACUCUGAUGCAGAAGACAGAAGAGCUGAAGACCACCCUGGAACAGAACAUGAGGGAUCUGGAGACUCAGCUUGGGCCUUACACUGAUGACCUGAGGGUGAAGAUGGACCAGCACCUCCAGGACUUCAAGGAGAGGGUGACCCCCGUGACUGAGCGUGUCCAGGAUGAACUGACCCUGAGAGCUAUGCAGGUGCAGGAGAUGGCAGCCCCCUACGUUGAGGACCUGAGGGAAAAACUGGACCCCUAUGCCGCAGACCUCCAGGCCCGUCUUACUGAGCUCUAUGACACCUUUACCAAACCCAAAUAAGUCACCCUCCACUGCAAGUUUAACAAGAUGAAACUCAAAAACAUCCUUAUCCAUCACACAUCUACAUGUCCUACUGAACACAUAUGCAGUUUCAAAAGACUUCAAUAAACAGAAA